GAGGCAGAAGCAGAAUGAGAAUCCGAUCGGUGUUCGACGGCGGCGACAUGAGAAGGGAAUUUGAAAAAAGUGGUAUUGACCCAAAGUUCCUUCCAUUGAUAUGGAAGCAUGUGAUUCUGAAUCUGAAGCAAAACGGUGAAUGGGAUUGGGAGAAACAUGUUCCCUCUUUGCCUUCAUCAGCCUACUCUUUGCUUCGUUCCAACUUCAAAAACCCUCUCUCUUCCUCUCUCCACUCCGUUUUCCACUCUUCUGAUAACCUCACCUCCAAGCUCCUCAUCAAGCUCCAUAAUGGAGCUUUUGUGGAGGCUGUGAUAAUGAGGUAUGAUACUCGUUUGGGCAAAUAUGGUGGUAAACCCCGUCCCGGUGGUCUAAGAGCAACUUUGUGUAUAUCAUCUCAGGUAGGAUGCAAAAUGGGUUGUAAAUUCUGUGCUACUGGAAGUAUGGGGUUCAAAAAUAACUUAUCAUCCGGAGAAAUUGUGGAACAGUUGGUUCAUGCCUCUAGUUUAUCACAGAUUCGUAAUGUUGUUUUCAUGGGAAUGGGAGAGCCUCUGAACAACUAUUCUGCUGUGGUAGAAUCAGUUCGUGUCAUGACUGGAUUGCCAUUUCAAUUGUCAUUGAAAAGGAUUACCAUCUCAACGGUUGGCAUCAUUCAUGCUAUCAACAAGCUUCAUAAUGAUCUGCCCGGAUUGAACUUGGCAGUCUCACUGCAUGCACCAGCCCAAGACAUCCGUUGCCAAAUAAUGCCUGCUGCUCGUGCUUUCCCUUUGGAAAAACUUAUGGAUUCACUGCAAGAAUAUCAAAUGAAAAGUCUGCAGAAAAUAUUAAUUGAGUACAUAAUGCUUGAUGGGGUAAAUGAUGAGGAGCAGCAUGCCCACCAAUUGGGAAAACUGCUAGAGACAUUUCAAGUGGUAGUGAACUUAAUACCUUUCAACCCUAUUGGUACAUUGAGUCAAUUCAAGCCUACUAGUGAGGAGAAAGUCUCGAAAUUUCAGAAAAUUCUUAGGGGUACCUAUAAUAUUCGAACAACGGUUCGGAAGCAGAUGGGUCAGGACAUAAGUGGUGCAUGUGGACAAUUGGUGGUUAACUUACCGGACAAGUCUCUUGGAAAUGCAGAUCCCCUAACGGACAUAGAAGAUCUUGUUAUUUGAUAUCAUUUAGCUUCAGUUUAAUUCUUAGUCUGAAUUUAAAAUAUAUAUAUAAAUUCCUUAUUUAUUUAUUUUCUCUUAAGUUUAAUUCUAUAGAAAUUUAAGUUUAAUCUAUUUUUUUCCUUGCUCAUCUAGGUACCACUUACACAAUCACUGUCAUUCGCUCAACGAAUAUGUAGUGAUUAAUAUUACAAAGUAAA